AUGGAAUAUGAAGAAGAAGAUGUUCUCGAUGAUGAUGGGGUCCUUCAAGAUGUGAUAGCAUCGUCUAUCAUACCGGUUAAUGCAGCGGUACCAAUCUCAGCUCCUGUCGCUCCUAUCGCUUCCUCUUCUAGAGCUGUAUCAUCUUCUACAUCAGUUCGAAUUUAUCCUAGUAUUCAAGCUGGACCUUCAACUGGGAGGGUAUAUAAGAAUACAGAUGAUAGAUUAAGGGAACUGAAUGAUAGGAAGAGGACAGAGAAUGAAGCUGAGAGAAAGGCUCGAGAAGGUGUGAGAAGCUUGAAGAGUCUAUCAAUAUCAGUGAUCAAAUCGAAUUCUGAGAGAAUUUGGGAUAUUGGAGAUUUGGAGUAUCCUCUAAUCAAACCUUUGAUAGAUGAUCUACCGGUAAUUCAACUACAAGAGAUCGAGUUGCAUUCACCUCAUAUCAAGAAAGAUACCGAUUGGUUAUAUGAAAUAUUCUUGUUACAGGAAUAUCCAUUGUUUCAUGAAAGAUGUCAGGAUAGACACGGUGAACCGAGAACAUCCGGGUGGAGAAGGAUGUACAAGAAAGCAAAAGAGGACUUCCUCGUGAGAAAAUCCCACGCUGCCGAUAGAGUAGCAGCGAGGUAUAAACAAUUAGAAGAAGAAAAAGCUUCAAAGAGAAUAGUAGUGAUGGAUCGUAUAAUGCCUGACCAAAAACCUAAAUCCGGCUGGGGAAGAAGUAAAGUUUCAUCAUCGGGAGGGAGUGCAGGUUCAACGUCUGUAUCGAAACCUCAAAAUGCAAUUGCAAAAGCGAGGAUCGACGCUCAACGUGCUAGGGUCGCAUUGACUCACGCUUCAGGAAGGUUCAUACCUCCAACUCCACCAAAACCAAAAGGUGAUAAUCAACUGUUCAAAAAUCCUUACCUACCAUCAUCAUCUCCUUCCACACCCGCACAUUCAUCUCAGCGACCAAUACUCGGACCAAGGAUUCCACCUCCCAAAACUGCACAAUCACGCAGACGAGAGAGAGUGUCAUCACCAUCAUCACCUAAUUCACCUAUUCCAGGUUCAUAUCCCACAUCUGAAUCGAAUCAAGUCAGAUCCUCACUCCAUUCACAUCUCAAAAACAGCCCAAAGGUAGAGGAAAAGAGAGAAGAGAGAUUCAAGAUAGAUGCAAGUAUCAAGAAAACGCAAUUUAAGGAAAUCAAAAGACCUGUUGGCGAGAAAUUCGUCAUUCCAAAUUUGGAAAAAGAGAAAAGUAAAUCAAAAGGUAUCGUCAUGGAUUUCUUCUCUUCAUCUCCUACUCAGCCUUCAACAACGACUGUGGGAGGGAUGAAAAGGAAAUUUAGAGAAGAAGGGGAUAUCAACAAAGAUGAGGACGCAGGGACACGUUCGCCAAAGAAGAGUAUCUCGACUCCCCAUUCAGAUCCUGAUCCUCAUUCCCGGGCAAUGUCGACCAAGCCGUCGGAGGUCCCUUCAACAACUCAUAGACCUCUGCCCGCGCCUGUAAGCUCGACCAUGGCCCAGGAUAAGAUGAACAGUGUUUUGUUUAGGAAGAAAAAGGUUGUAAAACAGAAAUGA